CCGGCUCCUCCUCCCCGCGGCGGAGGCGCAGCCGGGCGGCAUUAGCUCAUCGCGGCGCGGCGGCGGCUCCUCACGGCCCUUUCUUCCCGCUCCCCACCUCGGGGCCGCCCGCCCGCCCGCCGCUUCCCGCCAGCCCGAGGCGGCGGCGCCGCGCCCCGGCAGCGCCCAUGGCCCUGUGCAACGGAGACGCCAAGCUGGAGAAGGCCGGAGGAGAGCUCAAGGAUGGGCAGCACCACUACGAGGGAGCCGUGGUCAUCCUGGACGCCGGGGCGCAGUACGGGAAGGUCAUCGACCGCCGCGUGCGGGAGCUCUUCGUGCAGUCCGAGAUCUUCCCCCUGGAAACGCCAGCCUUUGCCAUCAGAGAACAAGGCUUUCGAGCUAUCAUCAUAUCUGGAGGACCAAACUCUGUGUAUGCAGAAGAUGCACCGUGGUUCGACCCAGCCAUAUUCACAAUAGGAAAACCAGUCCUGGGAAUCUGCUAUGGCAUGCAGAUGAUGAAUAAGGUGUUUGGAGGUACAGUGCACAAGAAGAGUGUCAGGGAAGAUGGAGUGUUCAGCAUUACUCUGGAUAACACGUGUUCACUGUUCAGGGGCCUUCAGAAGGAAGAGCUUGUGCUCCUCACUCAUGGAGACAGUGUGGAUAAAGUAGCUGAUGGAUUCAAAGUGGUUGCACAGUCUGGGAACAUUAUAGCAGGCAUAGCAAAUGAAUCUAAAAAGCUGUAUGGAGCACAGUUCCACCCUGAAGUCAGCCUCACAGUGAAUGGGAAAAUGAUCCUGAAGAAUUUCCUGUAUGAUAUUGCGGGCUGCAGUGGCACCUUCACCGUGGAAAACAGAGAACUGCAGUGCAUCCAAGAUAUCAAAGAGAAAGUGGGCUCAUCAAAAGUCCUGGUUUUACUCAGUGGUGGUGUGGACUCCACAGUGUGCACUGCACUCCUGAACCGAGCUCUGAACCGAGACCAAGUGAUAGCUGUGCACAUAGACAACGGCUUUAUGCGCAAGAGAGAGAGCCAGUCUGUGGAGGAGGCACUCAAAAAGCUUGGCAUUCAAGUGAAAGUGGUGAAUGCAGCUCAUUCGUUCUAUAACGGUACCACCACUCUGCCCAUCUCUGACGAGGACAGAACUCCCCGGAAAAGAAUCAGCAAGACCUUAAACAUGACGACAAGUCCUGAGGAAAAGAGGAAGAUCAUCGGUGACACCUUUGUGAAGAUUGCCAAUGAAGUUAUUGGAGAGAUGAACCUGAAACCUGAAGAGGUUUUUCUUGCUCAGGGUACCCUCAGACCUGAUCUCAUUGAAAGUGCUUCCCUUGUUGCAAGUGGCAAAGCUGAAGUCAUUAAAACUCAUCACAAUGACACAGAGCUCAUUCGGAAGUUAAGGGAAGAGGGUAAAGUAAUAGAACCGCUGAAAGACUUUCACAAAGAUGAAGUGCGAGUGCUCGGCAGAGAGCUUGGUCUGCCUGAAGAGCUGGUUUCAAGGCAUCCCUUCCCAGGUCCUGGUCUGGCCAUCAGAGUGAUAUGUGCUGAGGAACCUUAUGUGUGCAAAGACUUUCCAGAAACAAACAACAUCUUGAAAAUCGUCGCAGACUUUUCUGCGAGCGUGAAGAAGCCACAUACUUUGCUGCAGAGGGUCAAAGCGUGUACAACUGAAGAAGACCAGGAGAAGCUGAUGCAGAUUACAAGCCUACAUUCACUGAAUGCCUUUUUGUUACCCAUCAAAACUGUGGGAGUGCAGGGUGACUGUCGUUCCUAUAGCUACGUUUGUGGGAUCUCUAGCAAGGAUGCCCCACACUGGGAGUCUCUGAUGUUUCUUGCCAGGCUCAUACCACGCAUGUGCCACAACAUCAACAGAGUUGUGUAUGUCUUUGGUCCCCCAGUCAAAGAGCCUCCUACGGAUGUCACCCCCACCUUCCUGACCACGGGAGUCCUCAGCACUUUACGUCAAGCUGAUUUUGAGGCUCACAAUAUCCUCAGGGAGUCUGGUUACGCCGGGAAAAUUAGCCAGAUGCCGAUAAUCCUGACGCCGCUGCAUUUCGACCGGGACCCCCUCCAGAAGCAGCCUUCCUGUCAGAGAUCUGUGGUCAUCAGAACCUUCAUCACAAGUGAUUUCAUGACUGGCAUAGCAGCAACUCCUGGUAACGAGGUUCCAGAAGAGGUUGUGUUAAAAAUGGUGUCAGAGAUUAAGAAGAUUCCUGGCAUUUCUCGGGUGAUGUAUGACUUGACAUCAAAGCCACCAGGAACCACGGAGUGGGAGUAACUAACUUUUUUCUAUUGAAGUACUGUGUGCAGUCUAAAUCAUAUCAGAAACCAUUCCCAGUGUUGACAUGCAGUACUGUGAAAGAGUGACUGGAGCUGCUACAUCGCAUCAGAUUCCUCUCCUGGAGCAUAAGCCUGCAGUUAAGAUCUGUGCUGGAGAUAAUAAGGAAGUGGGGCUGAGGAUUUGUACGGGUAGAUCCCCACGGCAGCAGCGCCGGUGCGCAGACAAGUCCCUCUUGCUUUCGCCUUUGUCUUGCCCAUCCUUCCUAUCUUGUGUUUCACUGUUAACUGUCAUUUCAGCGUCUCUGGUUUUGUACACUGUGUAAAAAGAGACAGUUUAUUUACUACUUCUGAAAGCAUCGUUGCAGCCUGGAAGCGUGACACCAGUUCUUUGUGACCAACUGCUUUGGGACAGAUUGAUUACUAAUAAAUAUUUUGCCAAACGGAGCGGUGGGUGCUGUUGAGUUGUGGGAUCUCUGUUACCUGCUGGGUGCUGUUGAGCCUGCUCUGUAGUGUCGGACCUGUGAGCCCACAGCAGUAACGUUGAGCUCCAGCAGACCAAUGGUAAAAUGUGAUGAAAUGACCUCUGUCUGUGUGUCUGUCCGCUCUCGCUGCCUCUUGCAUCACUCGGUCGUUGGUGAUGGCCGUGGAUACGCCAGCUGAGCUUUAGGAUGCGCUUCCUGCACGUGUGCAUACGGCUAACUGCAGGCAGGGCGGGGUCUGUGUGUGCUUCUGGGGAUGCUGAGAGAAGUGGGAGAAGGGGAGUGUGGUUUGGAAAGCCACUGCACCAGCGCUGCCAGACCUGCGAGUGCUACGUCUGUCCCCCGGCGCCUGCACCACAGCCCCCUCACAGCCUCCCGCCCCUCUGCUUUCCUGACCCUUGGCAACAGUUUCCUUUCGAUGCAUUUGCUUUUACAGGAGUUUUAUUUUUUGUAUGUACUGUACUUAGCUUGAUCUUUGAGACCAUUGUAGUCGUUAGUGUGGAGUCAUGGUGCCAGCGGUGACUUACCCAGUCCGUACAGACCCCUCCCGUCAUUCGUGUCUGCUGUUUGUGUAGUUCAGUAAGCAAUAAUCUGAGAGAUGGUUACUUUGGACACACAUGCUUUUCUGUAUUGAGGCAAAGCUACUUCCAUCCACCUGAGAGUUUUGAGCAUGUCCUGAGAUCGCAACAGUUCAGUUCUGACCUGAGCAUCUUGCUGGUGGAACCGUAAACAGUGUGUCCGGGCUCAUCCCUCUUUCCCUUUUCAUUUAAGCAGCUGUGGCUCAUUCAGCUGCCAGAGCACCAUAGUAUUAUGGAGCCAAAUACUUGCUUUAAGCUGUUCAAUAACAUGGAGUAUUUCAUGGCUGUGGCUGUUUCUGUUUCUCCUCGUGUAGACUCAUGAACUGGAACAAUGGUUGGAAGUGUUUGUUCUCUUGCUUGCACACAUUUUCCUGUUCUUACAUUUGCUGCCUACACAUUAUGGAAAUUCAGUUUAAUUUCUGCUAACAGGAAAUGGCCAACGUGCAGAUUCCUGCUUUUGCCUGUGUCAGACUGGUGGUUUUGCACUUGGGAGGAGAUGGUGUGGCCCAGCUCUCUGCUCUGGAGCCCCUGGGGACCUGACUGGGGCAUGUGUGAGGGCAGCAGUGGCUGGUGGAAUCUGGGGUCAGGAGUGCUGCCUGCCCCUCACAGCCCUGCUUCUGGCAGGCUUUGCAGCCUGGGCAUAUUCGUCCUGAUCAAUAGCUCAGCUGCCUCCUUUAUAAGAGGGGGAGCAGUAGUUGUGACCCCCAUCUGUCGUGACCUCUUUGAGCCCUUUGCAUGAGCUUUGCGUGAUGAACAGAACGGUAUUUCCUUGCUGGACUGUGGUGUGUAGGAGCUGUUGGUCAGCUGUUGGCAGCUGUUGGUAAAUUGGUGCUUGCUGUGUCAGAAUCUGUUCCAGCGUGGAUUCUGGGGAAAAGAAACCCUUUCAAUAGCAUCUCUCCACAGAAGGCUCCCUAAUGAAAUCAUGGCCUUGCUGGGCAUUUUACCUUCUGGUCAGAAAAGCUGAGGGUAGUUGUUUUCAUGGCUGCAGUGGCGAGAAUCUUUUUGGUGUGAUGCAGAAAUCCUUCAGCUUUGAAUGCUACAGCAGUUGUUGCUGCUUCUAUGUAGAUUUGCUCUUGCUGCUGCCACCACCAGGUUGUGUUGCCUUGACAGCAAAUAAGCAAAAGAGAAGGAACUACUAAGAAGUAAUGCAGAGAAUACAGAGCACCUCUUAAACCCCGAGCUUUCUCAUGUCUGACUGAGACACUGAGGUGGUCUCUGUGACAAGCUCUGCAGAGUGUAGCCCUGCAGUUAGUGUGGAGCUCGCGAGAGGAGCGGCACGGUGACAGCGAUGCCCGUUGGGUUGGGGGUUGCAGCGGCCAUCGUGCCCUGCACCACAAAUCUGUGACUCGCUGCACGUUGCAUGCUCAGGAGUCCACCUUGGAGCUGCAUCUUCACUGCGGGCAUGAUGUUUGCCUGCACGCCACACGUAUGCUGACCUUUGCCAUAUGCUGCUUCCAUCCUUCCAUCACCUGGGUUGCUUUUGUGUCCGUGGCGAAACGGAGCUUGAGAGAAUCCCUGUGCUCUGCAGGAACAUACUUUGCUUUGGGGUGAGUUGGGGGGGGGGCGGGUUCUUUUUAAGCCAGGAAGUUGAAUAUUGAACAUUUUAGGCAUAAGCUAUUGCACUAGAAUCCAAAUGUCUUACUGGAACGAAGUUGGUGACCUGCAGCUCUCUUCCCCCUCUGACACCUGUGCCAUGCAUCGUAGGCGUGGUGGGUUGUUCUUAGGAAGGUUGGUGUUAUCGUCCCAGCAGCUCUUGAGUGUUGUUACGGAAUCCAUGUGUAUCGGACAGCCAGAAGUGGAGAGAAAUGUAAUGCUCUGUUCACAUUUCUUAAAGAAACAAACAUAUUUAGCACCUAGUUUACAAAGUAAUAACUGUAGCUGCCCUGUACAAUGUUCACCUGGAGUCUUCAGUAAAACAUGUCAGCAGUUAGAGGAAUUUGUAUUGGGGGCAUUCCCCGUCGUUCUCGAUUUUUAACAUUUUUCUGCUUGUGAAAUGAUAAAGUACUGUGAGCCUUAAUUUUUAUCCACAAAUAAAAAGAUUAUGUUUGAA